GCUGUCUACGAGAAAGAGACAGAGAGAAGAACAACAGCUAAUUGUUAUAUAACUUAUUUUGUAAAUGGUUGAUUCUGAUUGGCUGGGAGGAUGUCACGAGAGGUGUAAGAGGAAGGUGGCAAGAAGUCUAGGGCAGAAGUCCCUCCACUUGGCUAUAUGUAACUGGUUGUCUGGCCUCCUGGUGGUUAUUCCUUACUUAAAACAUGAAACUUCCUCAUCUUGUAUGUCAUGUAAUGUAUGUAUGUAAUACACCACACAAUGGAUGUCAUCAUUUAGGCUACCUUUUUCUUAGAGGGUGGUACUAUGUCCUCUUCAUCCCCAAUACGCUCCUCCUCUUCGCUGGCCCGCUGGGAGGGAGAGAGAAAGUGAGAGGACAAAGUUGCCUACUGUGCCGGUGUCAUACCUUGUUACAGCUACUGGUAAUGCACUUUAUUAUAAAAGUCUUACUUAUCUUUACUGUAUUGCAAUGUAACAACACACACUGGAUGCAGACUGGUAGUGUACCUUGUUCUUUGAAGGCCUGUCAUGACGCGCCUCAUCCUCCUCCUCCUCCUUCUCCUCCUCCUCCUCGUGGUUGUAUUUAGAAGGACAUCUCUUUUUAUUGUCAACCUUGACAGAGAGAAACAGACUGACUUUUAGCCCAACUCUUAUUAACUUACGUUACACCACCUUGCACAUACAUCUUGUCAACAAAGCACAUGAAAUCAUCAUAGAUGACACAAUUACAAACCUACACACAUGCCUACACAUUAAGAAACAAGAGAGAGAGGGGGAGAUCAUUUAAGUAAAGCACCAAUUGGUGCAGUCAGUUACCCUUUUCUUUGAAGCCUUCUCAGUCUGCCCCUGAUCACGGUACUUUGAGUUUGGGAUGUUUUGUUUGCUGUGUGACUUCUUUCUCCAUCUCGAUCCCACGCAGUUUAAUUUGGAGAGUUUUUUUCAAAUUCUGGUGCAAUAAAAUUAAAAUGUUAUCAUGAACUGCAAACGUUUGUCUAAUCAUGCUUAACGUUACCAAAUCUAACAUUAGUCCCAAUUGGACUUCGCUUACAUUAGCAAAUUAUGUAGCUAACAUGAGCCAGAAAGCGAAGCUAUUGCUAACCAGGGACCUAGCAAGAUCCAUUUUAGACUUCUUUAAGAGCGAGAAAAAACAUUAAAUGUGGUAUGUAACUACAUAACGUCAGAUAAAGUUAGCAUGUAACAUACUUGCCACGUCAAUAAUUCUUGCUCGGUGCACCGGCCAGGGUUGGCGGCCUUUUCGCCAUUCCACCAGCUUCUCGUUUUUUUCAGUCCUUUCAAGAAAUGUUUUUACUGAAAAAUUCCGGACACAGUCGAGAGCCAAAAUACUAUGGGCCCCUCUAUCCUCACCCUCAGUCCAUUCAAGUAGGACAUAGCGGAUCUCCAACGCUGAUAUCGCCAUUUUUACGCCCAGCCGUUAUCUUUCGGCGCGAAAGAUAGUGUGCUGGGCCGCAUGCGGAUGACGUCAUCAACUACGCGACGCUGUAGCGGCUGAUCGGUGGCAGCAGAGUGGAGAAAUGCAAUUUAGACGCAAUUAAAGAAAAGCAAUAGAUAUGGAUCCAGUACGUUACAAAAGGUACCUCGUUGACGACGAAGCACCCGUUCCAGAAAGAACAAAGAGAAGACGUAAACGAAAGGACAUUUCUGAAGAUAUGGGUGAUGAUGAAGAAGCUGUGGCCUCUUCUUCUACAACUCAGUAUCUCACCCAAGAGGACAAUCAAGAUGACCCGGUGUCUACUGCUUCUGAUGACACAAUGAACCAACCCAUACCUGGCCCUAGCUCUUCACCUGGGGAGCCAGUAGAGGAACAUCUAGAAGACCCCACAAGUCCAACUUUAGACCAGAAACCAACAAAAGAACAGGUGGAACUCCUGCUGCUGGCAUUAAAACUCAAACAUGGAUUAACAAAUAGAGCCUUGGAGGACAUCAUGCAUCUUAUCAACUUUAUUGCUGGUCCUGGUGGGGAAUUGGUUAGUGGCUCAAAGUACCUUUUCUACAAAGCAUUUGAUUCAGUGAAAGACAUAUUAGAAGUACAUUAUGUGUGCAAGAGUUGCAAGGUAAGCAUGCAGGAAGGUCCCUUUAAUGUCAAGUGCCCAGUCUGUGACCAGGACACAUCAAAAGCGCAUGCACAAAAAGACCAGUGUUUUUUGUACUUGCCACUAAAAUACCAAAUUAAAAAACUGCUUGAGGACCACCAAUUAGGGAAACACCUGAAACACCGCUUUGAGAAGAAGGAUGCCUCCAUCAAAGAUAUAUAUGAUGGACAUUUAUACAAAAAACGAUCACCCCUUGCAUCACCAGACAGCAUAUCACUGACUUUCAACUGUGAUGGAGUGCCAGUGCACAAAUCAAACACAAAAAGUUUGUGGCCAAUUUUGUGUACUAUUAAUGAACUGCCAAUACAGCUACGUGCAAAACAUGUUAUGCUUUGUGGCCUGUGGUUUGGUCAAAACAAACCAAAUAUGAACACUUACAUGAAACCAUUUGUCGAUGAAUGCAUAGAGUUGUACUCUAAUGGUCUUAUAUGGGAAAGUGAAAGUGGGGAAAUUGUCACAAGUAAAGUACUGCUUACUACCAUGGUGGCAGAUUCAGUUGCUCGGCCACUGAUUCAGAACUUUAAACAGUUUAAUGGUGAGUUUGGGUGUUCUUUUUGUAUGCAGAAAGGAACAAGUGUGCUAAAACGCAGGGGGCGUGUAAGGGCUUAUCCCUAUGAAAAAGCAGAGUUGAGGAAUCCCUCCCAGACUGAUGAUCUGGUGGAAGAGGCUCUUGCUGGAAACCCCACUAAGGGAGUGAAAGGGCCUAGUAUUUUGUCUUGUCUACCUGAUUUUAAUAUCAUUGAUGGCUGUGUUCCAGAUUAUAUGCACAGUGUGCUGCUGGGUGUAGCAAGAAGCAUCACCACGCUGUGGUUUCAUUCUGAAAACAACCAAUCGCCAUGGUAUAUCGGACACUCAACAGAACAGAUUGAUGACAUUUGAACUUCUAUUAAACCCCCCUGUAAUGUUUCCCGUGUCCCUCGCUCAGUGAAAGAGAAAAAGUUCUGGAAGGCACACGAGUGGAACAUGUGGUUGUUUUAUUACAGCAUACCAACAUUGAAAGGGGUCUUACCUGAAAAAUAUCUGAAGCACUGGUUUAAGUUGGUAAAGGGGGUUUCUCUUCUACUCGGUGAGAAUAUAUCACCACUGCACAUAUCAGAAUCUGAGGGGUUGCUAACAGAGUUUGUUCAGGAAAUGGAGACCCUUUAUGGGAUCAAUAAUGUCACUUUCAAUGUACAUUUGUGCCUUCAUCUGCCCAAUACUGUGAGGAACUGGGGUCCCCUCUGGGCACAGUCUGCAUUUGUGUUUGAGUCAUACAAUGGGAUCAUUUUAGAUAUGAUAAAGAGCAGCCAGGGAGUUUCUCUGCAGAUAAUGAAAACAGUUUGGCUACAGGUUGCAUUUCCAUCAUUUUCCCAAAAAACCAUGGUGGCAGCUUCUGAUGAUUACUUAGCUCUCUUAGAGUCUUUUUCAGUUGAGAAAAAAAUGGUGCAGGAAGUAAGUCGCUGUCAUGGUGUUACAUCUCUGGGUAGGCCUAAAAUUUGUAUGAUCAGAAAUGAUGAUUUUCUGGCCUUGAACAGCAUCAGCAACCUUGAAAAUAGAGUCACUGUGAAGUAUUUUUGCAGAGUAGUGGUUAAUCUUGAAAUAGUUCAUUCACAAAACUACUCACGUACUUU